AUGGCGGGCAACCCUUUCAGAAAGUCGCAGUUUCUGUCGCUGGACGUUGGCGCCGCGCGCGAAGCAGCAGCGGCCGACAUCGACACUAGUCAGGCACCAGCUACAUCAACAAUCACACAGGCCAAGACAAAAGGCAAGGUGCAAAAGAAAGUUAGGAUUUUGUCGCCAGUCGUUAGCCCAGACUCGCCGGCAGCCUACCAAGACCACUAUGACCCCUUCGACUCAUACCUCAACCCCGUGGGCCAGCCUGCACCACAGACGACCCAGGAACAAGAGACAGACGUAGCUCGCGAGCUGCGCAAGUCCUUUAUCGAUUCGCUGGCAAGAGGAGCCACCAACCCUGGAACUGCUGUGUCGACAGCUCCGCCGAUAGCUUCAGCUCCUGCGCCAGAAAGAAUGGAAACCUCAUCUCAGUCAGUGCAGCAAGCGCCCUACAACCCAUUUGCCAAAACAUUGGCUACUAUGGAACCUCAGAAUGCCGCGUCGGCCCCUGUCGGUCUCUCCAGGGACACAUCCGCCGCUUCCGCUAAGCCGGCCAUGGAUGUAGAUGCCUUUACACGCAUGCUCUUGACUGGCAACACUCCAUCUGCAUCACCUGGACCCAUGACUCCCUCUGCCGGUCUGCCAUCUGCUACCGCCAAUUCUCUUGGAGACCUACACCCCGAGUCUCCCUCUGCUUCUGACGACGAACUUCACGAUGGACCUCCAGAACCAGACUACGAGCAACUGACAGGCCUGGUCAGGACACCAGAUACCCUGACGAAGAAGCCCAAACCACCACUACCUGCACAUCAUCACGGCAAGGCUCUGCCCACGCCGAGCAAGGGUCCACAGACUGUCUCGUUUGCCGACUUCAAUAUCCCUGCUGCCUCUCCCGCUCUACCCUCGCCAUUACCCGCCUCGCCGAAGCCACAACUCGUCCGGUCACCUUCCGAUCUGAACAAGCCCCUACCUCCGCCUCCUCCGCCGCACCAUUCUCCUAGCCCUGAUGCUACUCCCGCGAUUCCCAUACAAGUCGACGGUCCCGCCCAAUCCCCGCAGCUGGCUGCCGAGGACUUUAACCUCGAUCUGAAGAAAGCACCUCCGCCGCCUUUGUCACGCAGAAGCAGUCAAAUGAGAAGCUCGAGCGGCCGCCCUCGAAGCAGUUCCAACCUCUCAAGAUCCUCCGUCCCAGACGACCACUCGGAUGGCACGGCGACACCACCCACAAAGCCUCCUCCACCGCCAUCGAGACGUCCACCUCACUCUGUAGAAACAGACCUGCCUAUACCAUCGUCACGACCACCCCCUCCACCGCCGUCUCGCAACAGAGGACAGGCUCCAACUGUCAGCCGCACACCCUCCACAAACUCAGUGACUUCGUUAAACAGUCGCUCGCCAGCCAAUAUACCACCCCCGCCUCCACCGAGGCGAGGCGAAAACAAGCGACGCAGUUUGGACGGUACAUUGCUCACUGCUUCUGCUCCGAGCUCUCGUCGGAUGAGCGACACCAGUCGCCGAUCGAGUGGAGCAAGUCUUUACUCAGGAGGUAGAACAUCGUCUGUGUCGUCCAUCCCUACCGUUGAUGAGGGUGACUCGGGCGAAGACAGGAGUUUCAAUGCUACACCGCAACCUGAGAUGCAACGUGCUAGCGAAAAUGGCGGUGCAGCAGCUGCUGCUGCUGCAGGAAAUGUUGAUAUCUUGGCCGACAUGUCUGCCAUGCAAGCAGAGAUCGAUGCUCUGAUGGCGAGGUCAAAAGGCGGUGCUUGA